AUGCGUGUUGUAUAUCAAGGAGCUUCAGUUCAUCAGCAUCUGUUAGUUUCAAGCGAAGUUGCAAGGAGUGUCAGGGAUCCUUUUCCUUUGACUCAAGAGAAGAAAGAUCAUGCUAGUACAGUAAUAUCAAGAUUUUCUGCAAAGGAUUAUAGUGAUCAUAUGGCACUAGUGCAUGCAUAUGAAGGAUGGAAAGAAGCUGAAAGAGAAGGAUCUGCUUAUGAAUAUUGCUGGAGGGCUUUUCUUUCUGCUCAAACACUUCAAGCUAUACAUUCUAUAAGGCAUCAGUUUAUCCAUAUUUUGAAAGAUGCUCAAUUACUUGAGACUAAAUUAGGGAUUAACACUUCAAGCUAUACAUUCUUUAAGGAAUCACACCGUAUCCGGUGUAUCAGUAGGGUAUGGAAUCAUGUGUCAUGUGAGGGCUCUACGUACACAUGGGAAUUGUCUUCAGGUGCUAAGCUUGUUUAUCUCACGCAUUACAGAGAAUCAGGAUCCAUAGUGUCCUGUUUGAUGGCGGAUGAUUCGGGCUCUUCUGGUGUAUUUUGUAGUGGUUGUGCAUCACCAUCAACUGAAUCCAUGGUUAGAUCUCUUGAAGUUUUAUAUUCACUUGGAGUUCUUGAUGAUGAUGCUAAACUCACUUCACCUGUUGGUUUCCAAGUUGCUGAGCUUCCAUUGGAUCCUAUGGUGUCAAAAAUGAUUAUAGCAUCAGACAAACUUGAAUGUUUAGAAGAAAUCAUCACUAUUGCAACUAUACUCUCAGUUCAGAGGGAGCUGGAUGAGGCCAAAUUGCGAUUUGCUGCAUCAGAGAGAGCAGCUAAGAAGAGUAGCACAAAGACUAGGGUUAGCCUUAAAAUCAUGACAAAACAAGAUUCAGAAUCUAUCUCGGAGGCAACAUCAGGAGCUAUUGGAGCUGUUUUGAGCACAACCAUCUUGUACCCUCUUGACACCUAUAAAGCUAAGUAUCAGGCCGAGGUUCGCAUGUACGACAUAAAUACAAGGUUGAUGAUGAAAGCGAAUAGCUCUGGAGUUAGAAGAGGAAAAGAAAGCUCAAGCUGA